UAAUAGUGGAGCGAUUUUUUUUUCGGUGAGAAGUUAUGGAGAUUUUCUGGGUUUAUUGGUUGGGCACCUGAGAUUAUUUUGAUAGGAAAAGGUGUUUUCAUAUUGAGGGCUAAGGGUGAGUCAUUCUGAAGCGGCCAUAUUCCCUGAAUUGUCGAUCGCCCAAAUGGGUCUGUUAGUUCCUAAGAUAUUGCGCAAUGAAAUAAAAUUAAUUCUAUAGCUAUCAAUAGCUUCUGGAAUCAGUCGUGAAGUUUCGUUCCAGUCCUCACGCAUCGCUAUUGAUCAAUUAGUUCUCGAGAUAUAGCUAACAAACUUAAUUGGAUUUGGAUAGCCGAUGCUAUAGAAUUCUUUGCCUUUUCAAAUAUUUUAUGGCCAAUACCCUUCGCUUCGGGCUUCUGCGAAUGAGCAGGUAUAAUUUUUUUUAUUAGGGUCAAAGCUACAUAUCUUCAGCAAUAAUAAUAGCAAUAAUAUCUUCAACUAUAGAAGAAAUGAACUUUUUUUUGUAGGAAUCGAUAGACAAUGAGAUGCCGAUAAAUUGUUCGGUACUCAGCUUGUUUAAUGGCGUUAAUUUGAAUCUAUUCAUUGAUAGUUAUUCAGUGAUUAUGCGAUAAAGUAACAUGCUAUUGGAAUGCUAUUGACAAAGUUUAAUCAGUUAAGCAGUAAAUCCGCGACUAAUCAUGUAAUUUUGAUGAACGAAAUUGUGACAAUCCUCGAUCAAUACUUUUCAAUCGACGAAAUUUUUUCAAAUUCACGGAUAUAGAUAGGGUACGAACACAGAUUUUCUGUAGCUAUCAAUCUGUCGGUCAACUAAUGAACGUUUGCAAUUUGCCCUUAAAUUUCAGUACAAAUAACAGAUCUCACAUUCGUAAUUUAUAAUCCUGGCAUCGAUCCAUCGAUCUCGAUAGAAAAAAAUCAUUACAACUGCUGGUAUAUACUCUUCAAUCCACGAUUGACUUUUUCCAGAAUCUAUUGAUACAAUAAUCUAAGAAUCCUAUAGCCCUACAGAUGAUGGCUCAUCUUUGUCAUAAAGUCAGGCCCACAAUGUUUUAUCGAGUACUAACUUUUCACCUUAAAUCCGUUAAUCAAUAGACCCAAAAAAUCUCACCAGUAGAUUUAUUACCUGCAAAUUAUUACCUAAAAUUAAUUAUUUUGCUGGAAAUGAGAGACUUUCAUCGGAUCUAGUCUCGGACUUCCUGAUAAACUAGCCUAGGUGAAUUGCAAAUGUAAAAGUGUAAUCAAUGUAAAUAGUUGAAAAAAAAAUCGCAAAACUAUUUGUGAAAAUCGAAAAAAAUCAUUUGACGAAUUUUUCAACAAUCGAUUUUUUUCGAUCCGUUUCCCUAGAGAUCGGAUAGUAUAUACGUUGUUAUUUCAUUCUGUCGUUCUUUUUUUUUUGUCGAGGGAGGAAACGCGAAAAUAUCCCAUACAUGUAGGGUGGAUAGAUGAAUUGUUAAUGCUUGUUUAUAAUUAAUGUUUUUUCUUCUUUGAUUUUUUCUGAGAAAGAGGAAAAUUACGGAAUGAUUGGAUAUUGCGAAUCCUUACUUGUGUCCUCUCCUCCACAACCCCGUGAAUUUUGAUCCCCAGUUGAAAAGUAUAAAUAAUAUAAAUAAUGAUGAUUUUUCGAGGAAUGAGUAAAGAAACCCCUUCUAGUGAUUAAGUCGUCGGAUAAAUAUAUAAAUAAAAAUAUAUGAAAAUAUGAAUAUAAUAUACAUAAUUAUAUAAAAUUAACAAUAAAUCAUUAAAAAUUAUUCAUACAUUGGGUAUCCAAUUAUUUAUAAUCCAUAAUUUAUUUAGCUGUCUAUUUUUUGAAGCUGAAUGGAAUUAGUUUUGAAUAAAUUCACGUUCGAAGCUGAGAAUUUAAAUUCAAUGACAUACGGAAUUUCUUUACUGACACAAGAAUGUCGGUAAUAUAGAAAAAUCAAAUACCAGUCGAUAAUUCGCCCGCCGGGUUCGACAAAGCAGAAACUCUUCUGUAUUUCAUUAAUAACAGAUUUCUUCUUUACAACAUGAAAAAAAUUACCGUAGGAAACCCUAGAUAAUGAAUAAUUUUUAUUGAUUUAUCGAAACUUCUGAAUAAAAACAUGACAACGUUCACGUUUUGAAAAAUAUUUUAAUGAACCGAAAAUUAAUUAAAUGUUCUUGAGUCAUCCACAGAUAGUAUUCGCUCACUGCACUCAGCUAUUGGCGGAUUUCUGUACAUGUUCAAUAACUAUUUAAGUUUUAAACCGAUUGCGAUCCUGAUGGCUAUCGGUCAGACAUUCUUAAUACAUUAUUAAGACGUUUGCAAUAGGGAUUUCGGAAUUUUUCCCUUGUCCCAUCGGCAAAUGCUCCAGCCAGCGAGAAUAACAGUCUAGAGUAAACAAUGAAAUCAGUUUGGCAAACAUGACGGUAAAUGGAGGUUUUAAUAAGGGCCUGAUUAAGAAGCGAGUUUUUACGAUGUUUACGGAACAUGGGAAUCCCCCUUGUUGUCUGACGAAACAGAUUGACCGAUCACUGGAAUUGUCACGAGGGGUUGCGUCUGUCACGUGUGUCAUGUGCGAUGAAAUUUAUGGGAGAAGUUAUGUACCUGUCAAGGGAUGAGGACGAACGGGGUGGAGUCUUGGCGUCGCCACAAGUCUCAUUGGGGGAGAAUGGUGCAACCUAUCAGGGAUGAUAGCCCGGCCAAGAUGGCAGGGUGGGGAUGGUUGCGUCAAUCGAUAGGUCUUACAUACAUCGCCAUUUCACGGGAAUGUGUGGGGGAGGUCGAUGAUUAAGAAAAAUAAUUGUUUAUCCUCGUCGGUAUAAUUUUUCUAGUUGUGCACUAAAGCAAGAGGUUCGAUAAUUAAAAUAAAAAUUAAUUACGGAGAGUCCAAUGAAAAUGAGUCAGCGAGUUGAGCAUUUUUUACGAAAAUGCCCACUUUUCCCAAUUUUAAGUGGGCCCUUAGAUUUUCUAUGAAUAAUUUAUUUUAUUUAUGCAAAAUAUAUUUAUUUUCGAGAAUUUCGUGGCCCUCGUUGUGCUCCACAAUACCCUAAACACUAUAAAAAUAACUAGAUUCUCAACUACUUGUCCUUGUUCCAUCCUCAAAACAAUAAUAGGAGGAUUGACCCUCCAAAAUUUAGACAACUUUUACCUGUUCCGCCCUUGCCCGGUACCUGUGUGAACGGUCGUUACAGUUUUGCAACGGUUUACGGAGCGAAAUAAGUCGCACAUUGAGCUCGAGGAAGAGACUGUUCGAGUUUUGACGAGAUAUGGGGAAAAGGUCGAAUUUUUACUGGAUGAUUUAGGGUAUGUUUACCUGAAGCUAAGUACCUUGACGGUUCCCCUUCAUGGGUAUUUUCACUGUCCGGGGGGCGGAAAAUAAGGGCUCGUAACUAUUUCUGUAAAUAUAGGGAGAUCAGGGUAAGACCAGGGGGUGAAACGUUUUUGGUUUAUGUCCAAAACAUGUGGGGAUAUGUAAUUUCGUCUAUAGCCUGUCUAAUUAAGAUCUUUGCCCUCGUUAUCGUCUAUAGCCUGUCUAAUUAAGAUCUUUGCCCUCGUUAAUGUCGCCCACUUUGGCGGCACUGUUUUCUCACUUCACUGGCUAUUUCGUACUAGAACAAAAUUUUCCACUGAAGGCUGUGUAGUCUGGUAAUGACGAAAAACAUUUUAAUUACACUAUUGUUUGAUUGCAGUUGUUACAAAUACGUAUGUCUCCUCUACGAAACACGUCCUGUUUUUCACUGCGCAAAGAGGACGUUUUUUUUCUCUUGGGGCGACGCAAUCGCUCUUUGUUAAUGGAGAAAAAAAAUUGUGAAAGGAAUCGUUAUCGUUGUAUCUAAAUCUGUUGUUAAUAUUCCGGGACAAAAGAUUCGACUAUGUGCGCAUCAAAGCAAAAGAGCCAGUCGAUGAAAUCAGCUUUGUUUCUUAUCCGGUGAUGAGGAUCUGAAUAUGCAUUUGAGGGCUACAGGGGGAGCGGUGAAAUUUCAUUUCAGAAGCGGAAUGGGAUCGUUUGAGUUCUGCUAUUCGAUAGAGCAAGGUGUUUAAUGAAAACUUCAAAAAAAUAUCCCACGGGUUAUCGGUAUUUAUCUUCAGUUGAAAUCAAUUUUUAUCGGUGAUAAAUCAAGUAUCGAGCGCUCGCGUGAUUCACCUCAACAAAAAUCGGCGGAAUCGAUUAAAAUCAAUGAAAUGUCCGGUGCAAAUAUUGUGUAAUAAUCUUUGUUACAAAAAAUAAUAUUUUAAGCGACUUUUCGGUGACAUGAAAUUGAGGCCCGAAUUCAUUCCGCAGUUCGGGACCUGGUGAGUCAGGAAAAAUAUCGAAAAUCUGUUUAUCCUCGCGCACUCAAUGUUGUCUUAAUUAAACAAUUGACCUUCACCGAUAGGAAUUUAUGAUUUAUUGCAAAUAAAAAUCAGUGCAUACGCGGAAUGAAAUUUGAGGUAAAAAUUAGUUCUCCAGGGGGUGAAACAUCAUUUUAAUCACCAAAAUACCCUCCCAAGUUUAAUUUUUCCAACAAAACUUGACCUAAAAAGUAGUCGAUUGUCAUUUCGUCCCACGUUCGGCCCUCGACAUCUAAUUUUUAUCCAAAAUUUCGAUCGUCUAUAAAAACGCAUAACCCCUUCACGUGUAACUUGACCCUCUGCACAAUAUCGCGACGUAAAAUAAACCUUCGCACCGAAAAACAGUUUAACGCGUACAUAUCCUUAUUAUUUAUUUAUCUUUCUCUUUAUGCGUUACCUACGUGACCCCGGCGGGUGCCCGGGGACAAGUCCCGAUUUGCGGCCCGUUCUUACCGAGAUGCCGAGUGACACGCUGCAGGCCACAACCACAACAACGCCUACACACGCACCGAAAUUCUCAAUUUUUUCUCCCUGUUACAUUCCACUCCCCCAUUUUCAUGAAAAGUGAAUUUUAAAAGACCGGACUAAUCCCUUUUUCCAAAACAACUGGUGGAAAUAGGACGAGUCAUCAGCCCCGUCGCAUUAAGAAAUACUACCAGUUUUAUUAUUUUGGUAGCGGUAGGGGGCAAAAGGAUCAUUAUAAUCAGCUUUUGCCAGAGCUGUAACUGCAAAUUGAAAAAAAAACAGCCAAUGGGAAAUAGCCAAUCGGAGUGAUCUGUUGACCGCGCGGUAGGUUUGGUAUCAUCAGAGGGGCCCGCCCUACGUGAGGGGUUAAAAAAAAAUUACGGCAUUUUGGGCAUGCUAUGGUUGUCGGGAGUAGACCUUGGGGUCGCGUGUCAUUUCUCUGACUGUUAACUUCCAAUUUUUCGUAACACAGGGAAUCGGCAAUGGGAGGCUAUUGGCUCCAGGGUCAUCGGUCGCGUGGCUUUGACGAAUCUGUUUAGGGCCUUAAACCUGGAAGUUGUUUUUCGAAGGGUAUGGAUGGAUUAUAAACAUGGAAUAGUCUUUUGGGGGCCCACGGUGGGGCAUAACUACCGGGACUAUUGCUGCCUUUUGCCCAAUUUUGGUGCUCCUUCAGGAUUUUUAUUGACAGCAACUCCCGUUAACCUUCCCGGGGCCUGUUGGCAUAUGCUUCUUCUUUGAAGGAUGCUCACACAUCCCUUUUUUAAAAAAAAAACCGAAUGUUCUUCGCCGCCAAUUCGCUCAAGAAAAAUGGGCCUUUGUGUCAUUACAGUAAUUAAAAAAAAUAUUUCUCGCGUGGAAUCGGGCCUGAUUGAUCAUCGUUUAAAGUUGGAUCUUAUUUCUAGGACAAUGGAAGAGCGUCUAAAAAAUUUAUUCACCUGAAAAACAAAUUUCCAAAGAGCAAAAGUUGAUGAGUCCCAAUAUAGAUUUUUUAAACACUGAAUUUGAAAAAAUAUCAAUUCCCGAAAUAGAAAAAAAUCUAUGCGAAAAUAGGUGAUUCUGGAGUUUGUAAAACAACUGUCCUUGGAGCCACGCGUCGCCUGGGCCCCCCUCCUGGGUGUUUUAUGAUGGCCAAUAAUGUAACUCCGCAAUACAAGCAUCUUGGGCCUCCUACCUCACUCACACCUAUUUUCAUCCCAUAAUGCCUGGUAACAAGGACGUCAGAUGAUGACCCAAAGAUCCUUCAACGAUAGCCGGAAAAACUUUCAUAUUUACAGCAGUCAGUGCUGAAUGGGGCUCCACUUUUACGAGGGGCCCAUACCACCCCUCAUCCCCCUCGCGAUUGCUGUUUGUGAGAUUACUUAUUUUUCAUUAAAACAAAUUGUCGUGUGCCUUUUUGGCCUUCGACAAGGUCGUAGCAGAUGAGCAAAUGUUUUCUGCCUUAUUGCGUUACUGAGACUGGCAGAGGGUCCAAAAUAGCCGUGCGGAAUGAUUUCUUUGAGAGACCAGGGGGUACACCAAAAAUGCGAAUGGUUGAUAUAUCUAUUAUCAUUUCACCUAGAACCUUCCCAAAUGGGCCUUAUCCCAAAUCGAAGCUGAUCGAUCCUCUUUCCUGAAUCGUCUCAUUUUUUUGCGUGAAAAUUAUUUAUAAAAAGUCAUUGGAUUUUUUGUUAAAAUUUCAAAAAUCCAUUUUUUCCUCCAAAUUUCUUAUCUUCAAAGCCAUCACAUUUUUUUCACCAUCAACAAACCGAGACUAUUCGACUCCGUCACGAAAAUGCCGAGGAUAAAAGCCAAUUGAAUUUAAAUCAUGAAUACAAACGAACUUCCUAGUACUUUCACGUGAAAGACAGAGAGAUGAAAUACAGGGUUUAGCGAGGGAUAGUGAAUUUAACCCCCUAGUACCGUAACGUCGGCAAUCUGGUGGCAGCGUUGUGCCGAGUAAUGGGACUUCAAACUCCCGCAAUUCCCGUUCUCUUGGUUUCCACUCUUCGCUCGAGUCACCCCCCGAGGCGCAAAAUCUACCCCUCUCUCUUCUCUAUUACCCAAACGUUUCCCUGGUGUUCUGGAAGUGCCCGGCAACCACUCCAGCAUCGCUGGAGAGCUCCGUUAUCUCCUUACCUCGGAAAAGUAAUUUAUUCGUUAAUCGACGUGUUUCAGUUCUUUUAAAUCACUUGUGCGUAAAGACCGCACUCAACAGUCGGGGGAGACGGAUUUUCGGAAAUUCGAAAGCACAAAGUCGUUGCAAAAUUUUUUACAUAACUCUAUGAGGUAAAUGACGGAUUACGCACGUCCUGGAGAGGAAAUGAUGAUUGAAUCGUUCGGGAAAAUCUUGCAAUUGUCGUUUCCGCCCCCAUUUCUUUUCAUUUUUAUAAAAAAAUUAAUUUCUUGGGAUAAUUCACGUUAUCGGAGUACCUUGAAGAAGAAGUAAAUGAAGAUGUAGAAACAGGAGCUGAACUUAUCAGUGAGAUAAGAAAUAUUGGAUACAGUAAAUACUCCUGGGAUCAGUCGGUAUUGCUUUAUGACACCAGAGAGAAGAGAGCGCAGUUUCGUUUCUUAUAUACACAACAAUCCUCACGUUCCGGGAAGUCUGGGUUUUUUUUUUGCAAAUCAUCAAAGGUCUUCCGAUGUUUGGCACACCUUUUACUGCAUCCGGGAGGGAGGCGGCUAUCGGAUUUACCAACACUUCGGUAAAUGUUGGCGGGUUGAGGUGAUAAGAUUGUGCCGAGCCGUCAGACUGAAUUUCGCGCACUCAAACCGAUAAUUGAUUAAUCGGUUCGACCAUUGCUGGAACGAAAUCCUCGAUGCACUGAUUUCUUACGGUUCUCGGUGGUAUUUUUUACGCUAUGGUUUCCAUUUUUUAUUUCACUAAACCUUCACACAAACGCUAAUUGACUGAUUUUUCAAUGAAACCCUUAUUUCCAAAAUUUAAUGCUGCACGGAUUUUUUUUUUUUUUGUUAAAUCAGGUAACUGUUCCGUAAUCUACCAAUCAGAACACUAUUCAGUAAAAAUUACGGAAAAAGACUCGCAGCUAAUUUUUGAAGAAUUUUUCUCUCCCCAUGAGAAAUUGAAAAAAAAAUUCUUUCAUGGCGUUCCACAAUUUGUUUUUUUUUGUUUAAUUUCUCCGCCCGCUUUUCCCGAUUUAUGAAUAAUCAUUACCACAAGGCAAUUCCGUAAACCGUACGUGUAGCGUCAAAUGAACUAUCCCCUGUCGUUCGUGAGAGGAACACGGGGCAGGAGGUGGGGUAGAGAGAUAGGAUGGUGGACGUUUGCCGGCUUUGGAUCAAAGGCGCCGCUAUCGACUCUCGAACGACAUGAAGCCGCUUUAUGCCCCUCUCUUGUGUAUGUGUAUUUUCCACGUGUGUCAAAAGUAUUGUCCUUUUGACUAGAUCCAAUACCGCAACACGAUGCUUCAAACGGAUAUUGGAAUCCAUAAACUUCAGGACGACGUUCAAUAUUGACUAGUCAAAAAUAAGAGAAGUGAAAAAUCACUUCAUCAUGUUUUUAAAAAUUUUUUCACUCUCGUAAUCGACAGUGAUAUUGGCACCAUUGGACUGGAGUGUCCCGGUUUAAAUGUCGAAAUGACGAUACAUUUUACCCCGAUUUAUUUCGAAUUACCAAUCGUUACGAGAAAAUGGUAUGGAUUCUCGCUGAGUAGCGGUAGUCCCAAAAAUGGGCCGCAUUUUCGAGUGGUCCUGACUUCCCAAAUCAACUCCACAAAUCGAGCCCUAUUUUUUUGGGGAUGAAAACAGCUCUUGAAAAUGGAUUUUGUUUAGAAUUUUUUUUCUUCGAGGCGUGGACGGACUGAUGGGUUGCAGGUGCUUGACAGGGCCCUAGUUGGGCCAGACUUUCCGUCUAUAGAAUGCAUUCACACUAUUUUGAGACAAAUCCAUUGUCUGCAAAACGACGGAGAGUUGGGAUAGAAUGUGAGUGAGGAAAGAAGGCAUGUGUUGCUUGGAAGAAAAAUAAACGCAUUGGGCCGUUAAUUGGAGCCACGAGGCACACACACGAGCGCGACCGAGAGGGUGUGGGGGAGGUCGUUAUUUAUUGCUCUUAUAACUCAAGACUCUGAGUGUGCAUAUUACGUGCAUAAGAGGAGUUUAAGUGUCCUUUGAAUCAUCGUGAGGAAUAUUCAUGAAAGAAAUUCUUGUGAGAUCGUAAACAGCGAAGCACAAGUAUUCUCACAUUUUUCACUUUCUUACCCGGAAAAAAAUUUUGAAUAAAAAUUGGGCCUGUAGAGGGUAAAACGUGGGACGGAAUGGCAAUCAAACACUUUGUAGGUCGAGUUUUGUCAAGUUGAUUUACCUUAAGUACAGGUCAAGUUGGAAAAAUGAGAUUUGGAAAACGAAUUAUUGUGUAAAAUGAACCUUCGUCCCUCUUAUGCCCCCUGAAGGUUUAAUUAUUACCUACAAUUUCUUUCCGUGUAGCAAAGAUAUUCCGAAACUCAAACUUAAUUUGGGCCUUGAAAAUCCAUUUUAAAUUGCAAAAUAUGACAUGAUAUUGAAUUUUUCCCCCGAAAUCUCCCUCGCCAUCGAAUGCCGCAGAUAUCCGGCUAAUUUGCCUCCGAUUUUUUAAAUACUUUUUUUCAAACUGAUUUGAAAAUAUGGGAAAGUAUUGUGACAAUCCGGGGGAUGGGUAAUUUGACACAGUGAAAGCACAAAUACACGGCAAGCUGGCCCACACAGAAGUGUGGAGGGCCUUCACUGGAGUUCAGUCGCAUGUGACAAAAUGAGGAAAAUUUGCCCACUGAAUAGUUGGGCAUCUGUUUUUCCCAGCAUUUUGACACUGGCCAGAUACAAAUCCCCGGAGAUGCCCACACGCGUCACCGAGACCCCCUAACGCCCCGAAAAUCUAUCACCACAAUUUUUCGCAUCCAAAUGUAUUUUAUUUUCACAUUUUUCCACAUUUUCGACGUAAAUUUUCAUUCAGUGAAACACAUUUCGAAAUACCUGGGACAUUAAACUUAAGAAUAGUCAUUCCUGAGAGUUCAAUUGAGUCCUUCGACUGAAAGUAGGUCAACCAUCGACGCAGUUUAUAGGCCCUCCAUAGUUUAUUAAGCCCUCUCCUUCCUCCCCCGCCCGCAGGGAAAGUACUUUCCAGUCUAUAAAUUCCUCUUGGAAUUAUGCCCCAAAAUUUAUUGUCCCUCCCGUCGACCAUCGUCUGGAAUGAUGCAUGUCUAUUCAAAUAUUACAGUGUCUCCAGUCAGUUUGCAUGGAAAGGGCAGAAUUCUGUAACCCCUUUGCCAUACCCCACACCAGGGAGCACUGUAAAUAAUUAUCAGUCCCCUUCAACAAUAGAAAGACCCCAAAGCCGUUUCGGUUAUGAAAUUGUAGAUCGUAAAGCUGACGGCUAACUUACUUCGUCAUGCCACUGUUCCUCAGGAGUUACCGAUAUUUGGGUCCUUUGGGUUGGAACGUCCCACGAGUCUCCCGUAGAAUGAACAAAGACAAAAAAUUUUUUACAAAUUUAUUGUAAUCCGGAGCCUUAAGAGAACAGGAAAAUCAUUGAUAAUUGUUUUAGGACCGAAGUGAUUGAUAUUGCAAAUUUUUCAAGUUCACCAAGUUCAAUGUUGACCUUGUAACUUAAUUAGGACGUGCUCCAUGAACAGGAGAGCCUUGUCGUCAAAAUAAUAAACAUAACAUCAUAAAUCGAUUAUUGUCCUGGAUUAAAGUGUAAAAACCAGGUGGGAUGAGAGGAAAAGGGACCGAUGGGGCUACUGCCCUGCUGUGUCACAUUCCACAUUGUAUAUCUCAGUUAUUACGCCUAAGUAUUUAAGUUUAAGUGCGACUUGGGCUCUUGUGUGUUCCUGGUCCCCUGAAAAUCCGAUAAUUUUCCCCGCCCCUCAGUUUAAUUAUAAAUGAAUGACAAAAAAAAAAUUUUCUCACUUCGAACUAAAAUCAUUUCCAUUUCUUUUUCAAGAAAAGAAAUGCAAAAUUGUAUUCUAACUUGAAAGUCAGUAUUUUCGGUUAGAGACACCGAAUUUUCUGAGAGUAAUUUCAGGGCCAAAUAGGGCACGUUAAGCUGAUGUAUUUAUUAAUUUAUGUGUUAAAAUGUUGACGAUUCUUUAAACAACUUUAUUUAGGGUAAUACGAGAGAAAGCUUUUUCGGGGCCCUUGGACUCUUCCGGGUCUUUGAGGAGAGGGGAAAAUCGCCACGAGUCUCUGACUCCUUACUUUUUAUGUUUUUACUGACUAGGAGAACAGUUAUAACUCGGUGGAAAGGUCGAAAUCUUAAUCGUAAAUAUUUUCUCCCGGGCUCUGGGUCGCCAGCUCUUUUCUCCAUUUUUUAUUGGUCAGGUACUACCGAAGGGUUUUUAACAGUAAAUUGUUCGGGGGGGAAAACAUUUUGCCAAAGAUUUUCAUUCGCUUGCCGCUCCAAGUGUUAGAAUUUUCAAUGUCUUGUUAAUCUUCACCAUUCAAUCCACUGCCCAUACCCAAAACCUUGGGGCCCGACCGAAUCCCGUAUUUGACUUAAAAUAUUUGCACUGAAAUUCUCAAAGCCCAGGAAGUAAUAUUUCCCCACAUGUUUGGAACUUAAUGCCUCUAAAACUUCGAGGAUUCCCGGGAAUUCAUUCAUUUUAAUGGUUGACAAUUCUUCAACAAAUUCCUGAGGAGAAUUGAGGCCCGAAAUACGAGCAUUCGUCACAAGGAAUAAACAAAGAAUCCUUUUGUACUUGAACUUUCGAGUGUCUGGCAUCACUCAAGAGAGUGUGGGGCCUUUGUUUCACUGGUGACGUUGACAAAACAAGUGCUCAGUCCCACUUUUCCACCCCGAGACGAUGAUUUUCACGCUGACACUGGUGCGAAGGACUUGUCUCCUGCUUUUUGAGUGUUUAUCGUUUUUUUUUAAGGGUAGAGGACUCAACACAUGACCAGUCACGCUGUCUGGGUUUUCUGGGCCACUUCGGAUAUCAGGAAAAUCAAUUCGAAUAGUUUGGGAAUUUUAAGUGCUUUUUUUCACUCUCAUAAACUUACCGGACCCUACCCUCCAUCUAAAUAUUCAUUUUAAUCCAUUGAUAAACGAAAAUUAAACGUCUCAGGAUGAACCGUAAUUCAGGAAACUCGGUCGGUCACUGGAGGUUCGUUUCCCUGUAAGACUCGAUGCUUCUGGCAAUUUCCUUCCUCAAAAUUGAACCGAAAAAAAUGGAAGGAACAAUUUGUCACGAAAUGGAAGACAUUCGGAAGGGAUAAAUCCCAGCCACAGUUAUUGCGGAGGUGGGGGAAAGGUUGGAGGGUUCUGUCUGGUCUGAUGGAGCUUGAAAACCGAAUUAACAACCCCCCGCCUGGGGCACGAGCGGCGCCUGUGUACACCAAACUCAUCUCCGCCUCCAUUAUAUUUGUCUUUGUAUGCUAAACGAUUUUCCGAGAUUACACCAGCACUGUAUAUGCAGAGCCCGAUGCACUCUGAUACUUGUGCUUUUUUUUUAAUCUCAAUUCAUGAAUAUUUUCGGGAACUGGAACUAUCGGUGCGCGGUAAAAACGAGUAUCUGACUUUUAAAAAAAUAAUAUAAAAUGGUAUAAAAUAAUAUAAAAGUAAUCAGUAAGAGAUAUUAAUUUUUUUAUAUUGUUCAGUGAUCAACGAUGAUGGUUUUUCCACCACUUGAAUCCUUUUUUUUAUUGUUAAAUCAAUGACAACUCGAUUUUUCAUACAUUCGGAAGACAAAAUCGAAUGUUCAUUGGUCGGAGAACCGGAUAUUUGUCAGCCGUCGAUAUGACGCGUGAGUCUACUAGUUAUUGGGCCGAUGAAAUGGUAAAUAACGGUGAUACAUCCGAACGGAAAUAUUAACUAGAUUGGUUAUCUCUCAGGUGACUGUGUGUCUCCGACUCAUAGAUUCGAUAAGAAUCAUUCAUUUCUGAACAUCAAAGUGGGCACCGAUUGCUAUCACCGAGUCUCCAUCGAUCCGCGAGCUUUUAUAUUUACCGGGAUUAAUAAUCAAUUGAGUAAUCGAUUUUGCGGGAGGGAUAUCAAGAAGCUACUGAAUCUUUCUUCGAUAUUCCGAGAAUAUCGAUAGCCAUCAAAUUCAUUAAGAAUUUUUCGCAAUUUAAAAACCUGUCGUUAAUUGUGAAUCAAUUUUCAGGAGAGAAUCGAGGGGCGUAACUUUUUUGUCGUUUCAAUAGUCAAUAGUUGUUGAAACGAUCGCAAUUUAAUUUGUUUAGAUGAUAAAAAAAUUCGGUGGUUUAUUUUUUUAAUGUUAAAAGAGUGAAUGUGUACUGGACAAGAUUCAGAAAUGAAAGUUAUGGUCGUUUUUAGUCUGUUCCAAUGAUCAGUUGGGGCGACUCGCGCAAAAAUCCAGAAGCCACUGGCUUAACAUAGUAUCCAGCUGUGGCGUGUUGUUGGCGCAUAAUGAGAUUGCUCUCUACCAUUAGCCCCACCACCAAAAAAAAAUUAAAAAGAGCUGAAAUCGAGUGGCCAACACUGACUGGUACAUUCCUACUCGAAACGUAAUUUUUCUUUAAUUUUACAGUCAACAAAAAAUUAAAAUAAUUCCAAUGAAUAAAUUAAAAUUCACUAAUUCCCUUGAGAAUCCUAAAUCCCCUUAAAUUAGGACUUCAUUGCCAUUACAUAAAAUUCAAAUUCCACCGAUUUUCCUCGUUAAAUCUAAUUACCGAUUUUUAACCGGAAAAUUCAGCCAAAUGUCUUUUCAACCGCCCGAUUUUCCGAUAAGACUGUCUCUGAAAAAUUCCUCCCAUUUCUCACCCCUCUCCCUCAACUCUAAAAAACCAAAUUAUCAUCCAAAAUGUCCAGAUGUCAAGAGCAUCAGGUUGCUGAUAACAAUCGCUAACAGCAGUCCUUCUGUCCCGAUAUAUAUUUUUUUCUCGACUUCCUCAUCGAGCGAUGAUGCCAACACCCGUGAAAGAUUUCUUUGACUCCCCGAAUGAAAAAAAAAAAUGAAAAAAAGUCGCUACACGACUGAUCGUCAAGUGUGCACGAACGGUGAGUUUAUCAGUGGUGUGAGAGAGUGCGAGGCUCCUGUUGAUCUCUGGAGAGUGUUUUUGGUUAAUGGUGAGGGGAGGGGGCGAUAGAUAUCUCACUCGUCGGCUCUCGUAAUAAUCGCUUCGGCCCAGCACAUUUUGCCGUCAUAAAUAAAUCGUCGUGAAAUAGUUCAAACAGAAUGGAUAACUGAUAAAAUGAAUGCCCCUUAUACUCAUUCUCGUCGUGUUUUUUUCCAUUUCUUUUUUUUUUCAUUUUUUUUUUCUCACUGGUGAGUGUUAGCUCCGGUGUCAUAAACAGAUACCGAGAUAAUGUGCGGUUACUGCGGUGGGAUGUUUAUCCAUUUGCCGUUGGGAAGUGAAAUUUAUCGAGCCAUCGAUUUACUGCGUUCGUCGAUCAAGAUCGUUCGACGAUUAAUAAAGAUCUUCGGGGAUUAUUAAAAAAAAUGGGGAGUAACGGACGAUCGUAUUGGUUUCUCCGAUUGUCCCUGACUCGCACCAAAAACAAAAUAAAUGAAUAACCUUGAAAGAAUUUGAAAUUUUUGAAAUUUCUUUACCGACUGAUAUUUUCAAUGACAGUUGUGAAUAGUGAGACGUCUGACACCGAACCCGGCCGGCAAUUUUUCCGUUAAAAUGGCACCAAAAAUCUAUAACUUUGGAAAUAAAAAUAUCUUUGAAGAUAUUUAUCUUCCCAUCAAACAAUCGUUCCUCCAUUUCCAUCAAAUCACAAUUACCCAUCCGCCCAGCAAUUCAAUUUUCCUCAAGUGAAUUGUCUCUAAUAACCCCUCCCCGUAAAAAAAAAAAUUAAAAAAUCGCCUUCGAGACAAAGAAGAAGUAGCUGGUGCGCGUCACCCGGUGCCUGGGUUCCCCUCCUCACCCGGGGCAGGUAGCGUCGCGACGCCCGUAGGGGCAACCGUUGAAGCCUCGUUCACUCAUUUCAGAAGCCCCGCCCCCCGUAUACCGAGCGCGCCCAACCGGGAGCGGGCAUUCCGACGAACAGGAGGAGGAGCCCUGGUGCCUCCCGUAGCCAGGGGUCUCCCUCGAUUACCACCACCAGACCCGGAGCUCAGCUUUUCCUCCACCUCAGUAUCGUCUCGAGUCUCGAGGAGAGCACCCCAACAAUUGUCCCCAAACAUAUCGCCCGAAAACUUUGAUUUUUAUCGCGUCAACUUCAGUGACCCCGAUCAUCAUCAUCUUGUACCACCCGUGGUUUCAUCAGUGCAGUUCAAUCAAUCAAGUGAUCAAGUGUCAAGUGUCAAGAACAAGACAAAACAGGUGCAAAAAAAUAAAAUGAUGGACACGGCCAAGAUGGAGCCGCUGACUCCCCCCCACACACCGCCCUCAGGCGCCCUCACACACGUGGGCUCACCCCACCGUUGGAUUCGCCAAAUGCCACCCCAUGGGCCACCUCCUCACCCGAAUUAUCACGCCACAAUAUUUGAUCAUUGGCUACGUGGUGCAGCGGUGAUGGCAGCUCGUGGCUAUUGUCCCCAAACACCACCUCAUCAUCAGGCGACUCUUCACCCCGGACUGUCAAUACCACCACCGGCGAGUUUUCUCACCAGACGUCUCCCCGGUCAGCGGCCCAAGAAACAAUUUAUCUGUAAAUUCUGUAAUCGCCAAUUUACAAAGAGUUACAAUCUUCUUAUUCACGAGCGAACACACACCGACGAGCGGCCAUACUCCUGCGACAUCUGCGGAAAGGCCUUCAGGAGGCAAGAUCAUCUUCGAGAUCAUCGGUACAUCCACAGCAAGGAGAAACCCUUCAAGUGCACGGAAUGCGGAAAAGGCUUCUGCCAGAGUAGAACCCUCCAGGUGCACAAAGCUCUUCACUUGGAACAAUCCCCUCACAAGUGUCCCGUGUGCUCCAAGAGUUUCAACCAGCGCAGUAACUUGAAGACCCACCUGCUGACCCACAGUGACGUACCCCAGGACCUGCGCGUGGAGCCUCAUGAUGCCAUGAUCCAUCCGCAGACAUAUGGCACCCCAAAACCACAAGCAAAAUUGGGCUUCACCAUAGAGGAUAUCAUGAGGCGUUAAGACAACGAGUCCUCCCGAUCCCAGGUGGAUCCAGGAGUCAGACCGGUGAUAAGGAGCCAUCUCCACUGUACAUAGCCAUCUAGAAUAUCUAAUUUAUUGUCAACCAGACUCCAUUUUCUCAUCUUGCGUCCUCCACCCUUGUCUCCCUCGACAUCCCCUCCACUUCCCCUCAUCUUGCGCCCUCCACCCUUGUCUUCCUCGACAUCCCCUCGACUUCCCCUCAUCUUGCGCCCUCCACCCUUGUCUCCCUCGACAUCCUCUCGACUUCCCCUCAUCUUGCGUCCUCCACCUUUCUCUCCCUCGACAUCCCCUCACGUCCCCGAGUCGUGCGAAAAAGUAAGUCUUCAGGGUCACCUCAGGUGCCUGAAAAUGUACUUUUUGGCACGAGAUAACCGUAACACUAGUGUAAGAAAAACUUUUCCUCCAUUCGUUUCUCAACCGGAAGUGUCAACUAAUUUGAAUUGCUAAGCGAAGGUGAUACAGGUCGAACGCGAAGUGCACAUGUCCAGGCAACACCAGAUGUUAUCUUCUUAGAAAUUAGGAUUUUUCCAUCAGAUAAUGUAGAAGAGAAAAAACCAAUCUUAUUUCUAAUCUUUUGUUCUCCAAUAUUUUGUCCCUCCCCAGCGAUCUGUAAAUAACCCCUGGUCACUUUGGACCACCCAUACUGUACAUACUCCACACCUCAUCCAUUAUCAAUCUUAUCAAAACCUUUUAGUCUCCUGUCCUCCGUUACCACUAAUUUAAAAGGGUGUAAAUAAUAGAUGUACAACGCCACCUCUGAAUGUACCAUAUUUCUUCGCUGUAAAUCGUCUUUAAAACUUAUUGAUGUUAGUGUAUAACUAAAAAAAAGUUUAAAAAAUUCAUGGACUUGAGUACCUACUUAAAAAAGUUACCAAAUCACUCCCGAAAAUGUGUGAUUCGAAAAACGAAUGUAUCCUUCGUGUUAUCAAUUAGCAUAGAUACCAAAAAUGUUAGUUAAAGGGAGGAUAAUCCUCACCCUAGUCUGUAUUAAAGAUUUAUAGUUUGUCUGGGAAAAUUAUUAAAAUGAAAAAGUGUUUGAAAAUC